GCAAAAUUGUUGAGGAAAAGAUUUCUAUGGUUUAAAAUCUGUAAGUCCCUAAUAUUUUUAAACCUCUUUCAGAGAGACUGCAUGUAUGUUUUGCUUGAGGACAAGCAAAAUGGUAAGUCUGGGGGAGUUGAUAUACCUUGGAUUUGAUCUGUUUCAUCCAUGGUAUACUUUUUUCUAGCAUAGAAUGUCAGUUUUUAAAAUUUCUAAAUUCAAUUUUUCAAAAAAAAAUUAACAAAGAAUGUCACGUAGAACUUCUAUGCAUAUGAUAUAUUUAUAAAGUUUUUUAUUUUUUUUUCUGAACUCUGACUUUGUUUGUUUAAUUUGUAACAGGUGCAAGUUACAUGGUGAUAACUGCCCACUUCGUGGACGCAACUUGGCAGCUGAAGAAGCUUAUCAUAGGCUUCAAGUACGUGAUGGACCACAAGGGGCAGACCAUCGCAACUGUGCUCUUGGAGUGUCUAGCUGAAUGGGGCAUUGAGAAGGUAUUUUGCAUUACAGUAGACAAUGCGACUGCUAAUACUUCUGCCAUUAGGAGAUUCCAUAGGGAUUUUAGUGAUGUAUCUCCUGAGUCUUUAGUUCUAGACGAGAGUUUCUUGCACAUGAGGUGCUGUGCUCACAUCAUCAAUUUAAUUGCUAAGGAGGGUUUGACCGAGGUAGGAGAAUUAUGUGUUAGCCAUUAGGAACGCUAUUCAGUAUGUUCGCUCUUCAACACCUAGGCUUAAUGCAUUUGAUCUUAGAGUCACUACUGGGAGAAUGAGUCGAGGUAGCUUACCUAUGGAUAUUAAGACUAGAUGGAAUUCAACCUUCCUUAUGCUGUCUAGGGCUCUUCAGUUUAGAACUGCAUUUGAUAGGAUGGAGGCAGAAGAUAGGUUGUAUAAUGAUUAUUUUUUAGAGAUGGAAAAUGGGGUUAAGAGGUGUGGACCACCUUCUUUGAGAGACUGGAGUGCUGUUGAGAAGCUCAAGAGGUUUCUCAUAAUCUUUUACAACAGCACUCUGGUUGUUUCUGCCUCUACGACGGUGAAUUCUUACAAGUGCUACGGUAAGAUAGUGACCAUAGAAAGAAACCUCACUGCACUAGCCAACAGCUUCGAUCCUGAGUUGAAGGUGAAAGCGUCGGAGAUGUUGCAGAAGUUUCUCAAGUACUGGGAUGGUAUCAAGAGUGUCAACAGGAUGCUGAUCUUAGCCACGGUUUUCGAUCCAAGGAAGAAGAUGCAAUUUGCCAAGCUCUGCUUUGAGAAGCUCUAUGAGAAGGAGAGCUUAGAGUCUAAUGCAAUGCUGGAAUCUGUUGGUGAUCUUCUCAGGUAUUUGUUUUAUAAUCAUGAAUUUAAUCUCCGAAACCUCAAUAACAGUGCCUCCAAAACUUGUAUAAAUAUUUUAUUUAUGUUUUUGGAUCUCAGGUCUAUGUUCAAAGAGUACAACACAAGACUCAGAGGGUCUACUGGAGAAGCCUCUCAGUCAAAUCACGCAUCAUCUUCUCAGCCUCCUCCAGAGUCGCAAGAUCAAGGCCCGGAUAGAAUGGAGCUGGUGGUUGAAGAUUUCGGUUAUGAGCGGAUGGAUUAUGUUUACAAGGAGAUGGUUGCUGAAAAGGGAGAGGACUCAAGGGACGAACUUGAAGUGUACUUGAAGGAGGCAGUUGAAACUCCUAAGCUCUUGCUUGGUGUGGAGUUUGACAUUCUCGCGUGGUGGAAGGUCCACAAGAUGAAGUAUCAUGUGCUUGCUGAAAUGGCAAGAGAUCUACUCGCCAUGCAAGUUUCUUCAGUGGCAUCUAAAAGUGCUUUUAGCACCAGUGGGAGGAUCUUGGAGCCAUAUCGGAGUUGCUUAACUCAUUACAUGAUAGAAGUUCUCAUGUGUACUGAGCAAUGGAUGCAUGCUGACAUCAAGGUGAGUGAACGAGUCACUACAAAUGAGCAAAUACUUGCUGAUGUGGAGUUGCUUGAUCGACUUCAGAAAGAGUUUCAAGCACAGACGCUUGAUGAUUGAAGCUUCAAGGUCGAAGCAUGAAGUGGAAGAAGGCGGGUGAAGGUGAAGGCGGGUGAAGGUUGAAGCAUGGAGCUUCAAGUUUUCUGCAUUUGGUUUUUAUUUCAUUGAAGUUUCAAGUUUGAAUAAUGUUUCUUAUUUUGGUUUAAGCAUUUCAUUAUGGCUUUGUUUGCAUUCUCUGAGUUGUUAAGUUUUUGACUCUACUAUCAAUAAUAAAGGUGUUUUGUUUUUUUAUCAGUGUUGCCUUAGGGGUUAUGAGAAUUUUCAAUGCUUUAUUUCUCUAUGUUUUUACUUACUUGCAGCACAAGUUACAAAAUUAUUUUGUAAGGUAAUGGUUACUUUCACUACAAUUAGUACUUUUAAGAACCGAAAUACAAACCACACCCCGAACCGGAAAGUAUUCCGGGUUAUACCGGUUCCACGCCUGUCUACCAACCCGACCGAACCAUAUAGCCCCCGAACCGAUACCGAACCGAUCUUCAGUUUUAUCCGAAUGGGGCUUGUUUUUGUUAACCAAGAAAACCCGAACCCGAUUAGGAUGGACACGACACCCGAAUGGUACACCGGUUGCCCAGCCCUAGUAUAUAGGUGUUUUACUAUAUAUAUGUCUAUGUUUUCUACUCUUCUAGGUAUGUUUUCAGUUUUAGGUGCAUUUCGGAGUAAAGCUAUGACUUUGGAGCAUUUUGGAGCUUAAAGGACAUUUCACCCGAGCUGACCAUGUAGAGGUCGACGAGAGGAAGAACAAUCGAUC